AUGAUAAUGGGAACGUCCGCUCUCCUGUUUUUGUUCGCACUGAUGAUCACCUCCAUGUAUGUCACGGUAAACGUCACCAGCGGAAAAUGCGAAGUAAGUAAAAACGUCAAGUACCUGAAGCAGUUAAACAAGAUUACCACGAAAAGGCAUUAUUUGUGUAAAAUUUUUAAGGACAGCUUUCCCUGCUUUCUUGGCGUCUCUGGGUAUGACCCAAAUGGUAGUACUGGCAAACUGCUCAAGCGUACUUCUGUACAGUGUAAUCAGUUAAAAAUAGAAAAUGAAAUUUACCCCAGGGGGAAGCAUUCCGACGAGGUGCAAGCAAAAAGAGCAGGACAGGAGAGGAACAGCCCCCCGUAUGAUCACCAACGCGUACAUAGCCUUGAGGGAGCUACAAAAUGGUUCAUGCAUGAUGGACACCGCUACUCCGUUAACGCAAAUAAAAGUAGACGUGGUGGAAGCUGGACACACGCACACACUCCUAAACGACCAAAUGCGUUCUUCAUAAAUUACGCCAAUUUGAAGCAAUUGAAUAAGUAUGGCCUGAGGAAAGGGGACGCUUUUAUCACCGGGAAGUCGACCUUCUUACACACCUUUGAAGGUAACCCACUGCGGGACUACUCCACCAAUGCCACUCUAGGGAAGAAGCUAUUCAGCGUAACGAACGUGGACACCCAUACGGGGAAAUCGCCACAACUCAUCACAGGUGCGAAUAAAAAAAGCAAUGAUGGCAGGAACCCCCCUAAUUUGGAUGCCAUCUUUGACCAAAUAAACAGCUACCUGGAUAUUAAAAAAUACAAAGAUACAUAUGGGGAGGAAAUUUAUAACCAGAUAGUUAAAUUAUACGUACAUAGGGAUGUGCCCGAAAAUUACGAACAGUUGUUCUUCAACAAACCGACGGAGAAGAGCGUCGCUUUGGACGUGGACAAAUAUGAUGAAGACCAAUUUGAAAAACUAAUCCGAGAGGAGUUCCAAAGAAAUGGAGUCCACAUAGAAAACAUUAAUAAAGAAUACUACAAAAAGGAAAACAUCAAAAAAGUUCUCAAGAUCCUAAAUUAUUUACCUCUACUAAAUUUAAUAAACAAUCCAAGUGAUUUGAAAAAAUUGAAGAAGGAGUACCUACCUGUGUUGGCUCACGAAUUAAGGAUGUUUCUUUUCUUCAUGGUUAACCUAACGGGUGGUCAUUUUUCCGCUGGGCUGAGCUUGCUAGAGGUGCAGCUGAUGUUACUGUACCUGUUUGAUCAGCCCCAUGAUGAUGUGAUAUACGAUAUAGGCCAUCAGACCUACGUGCAUAAAAUACUCACCGGGAGAAAGUUCCUAUUUUUGUCGCUAAGACAGAAGGAGGGAUUAUGUGGCUUUUUAAACACUUUUGAAAGUACUUACGAUAAGUUUGGUGCAGGCCAUAGCUCCACUGCGCUCAGUGCAAUACAGGGGUUUUAUGAAGCCGACUGGCAGGUAUGUCAGAACAGAAGGACCGCUCAAUCGGAAGGGAAAGAAGCACACCCGUUUGAAGAAACAAAAAAUAUCUUUUUUAUCCAACCUGGUGAAGGGAACACCAUUCAUGCAAAUCAUCCUAAUACAGGAGGGACCACACAACAGAGUGCCUACCCUGGGCGAAAUAACUCAGCUGAUCAUUUGAACAAAAUGCAUAUCGCCAUAAUUGGGGACGGUGGCCUAACAGGUGGUAUGGCACUGGAAGCGCUAAAUUAUAUUUCCUUUUUAAAUUCCAAAGUACUAAUUAUUUAUAACGACAAUGGGCAGGUGUCGCUCCCCACUAAUGCACCCAGCAUCUCGGGGCAUCGACCAAUCGGUUCCAUCUCUGACCACCUGCGCAGCUUUAUCGAAAGCAAAAGUGGAAAAGGAGACAACCAAAAUUACAGUGAUAAGGAAAAGAACAACUUUUUUGAAAAUUUGAACUACGACUAUGUGCAAAUCCAAAACGGAAACAACACAGAAGCCCUUUUCAACGCUCUGUCGUCCUUUAAAAAGGGAAGUAUGAACAGAUCCACUGUAUUGCAUGUCUGCACGAGCAAGACCAGUGAGUUUAUAAACAAAAGGGCACCGAUAACUGUGAUGCAUUCUAUUAAGAAGAACGAAAUAUUUCCCUUCAAUGUGAAUACGCUGAUCUCCGAUAGGGGGGAAGUUAAGUCACCGGGAUCCAGCACCCACAAUCAGAAUGAUAAAACGCACAGUAAUAAAAGCAAUACUGGGACAGUACAACAAGAGAUGUUCUCCAAGAAAACCUUCACAGAUGUGUACACAGAAGAAAUGCUAAAAUAUUUAGAGCGAGAUAAAAAUAUCGUCUUCAUUUCCCCAGCCAUGUUGGGGGGGUCCGGAUUAGUAAAGAUCAGCGAGAAGUACCCCAACAAUGUGUACGACGUGGGGAUCGCAGAGCAGCACGCAGCAACCUUCGCAACAGCCAUGGCCAUGAAUAAAAACCUAAAAGUUCACCUGUGCAUUUAUUCUACAUUUAUGCAAAGAGCAUAUGAUCAAAUAAUACAUGACUUGAAUUUGCAGAAGGUCCCGUUAAAGGUUAUUAUCGGUAGGAGUGGCUUAGUCGGGGAAGAUGGAGCUACCCACCAAGGACUCUACGACCUUACUAUUUUGGGUGCCUUGAACAACGCGUGUGUUAUAUCUCCCAGCAACCAAGUGGACUUGAAGAAGGCGCUCAAAUUUUGCUACGACGAUGUGAACCGUUCUGUGUUUAUUCGCCUCCCCAGGAUUAACACCUUCACGGAGGAGUACCUGCAGAGAUAUUUCCGCAUCGGGGUGCAAACUGAGGUCGGUGAAAACGUAGGGCGAACCGACCAACUGGAUCGGGAAGAUCCCCGCAACGACGACCUGCAAACAUUCUUCGGAAAGGCACGAGUCAUCAAAAUGAGCCCAGAGGAAAAAAAAACAAGCGAAGGGGGGAAGAGAAAAGUGGCCAUUUUUAACAUGGGUAGUAUGCUAUUCAAUGUGUUGAACGCCAUCGAAGAAAUCGAAAAGGAUCCUCUUUUCUCUAGGAAAUUCUCCUUCUCAAUUAUAGACAUGAUUUUCCUAAACCCAAUGGAUAAAAAAAUAAUAGAUUACGUUAUUGAGGAGAAUAAACAUGACAUCCACAUUACCUACGAGGACAACACUGUAGGUGGAUUUUCAACCCACUUCAAUAACUACCUAAUAGAGAAAAAUUACAUUUCCAGGCACCAGUUGUCUGUUCAUAAUAUUUACCUACCGAAUGAUCCCAUUGAACACGCCACGUAUGUGCAGCAAUACGCAGAUGUAAAAAUGGAUUCUUCAAGCUUAGUGAAAAGAGUAAAGAGUUUCUUACAAAGACAACUGUCCAAUUGA